AUGAUAGGAGACAAUGGUGGUGAGGCGGAACGGGUAUCGGCUGAUCGGCGACGGGGCCAAUGGGCGACUGCACGGCGAAAAAGAGGAAAAGUUUACUGGCAUAAGCAGCAUUCAGACCCGCACAAAACACCCAUCCUGAAACACACAUAUAGAGCUGACAGAAGUACUAAAUGUCUGUCUCCCCGUCUGUUUGUCUGUAUUUCCUUCGGAAUGUGUCUGUGCGGAGGCGUCUCGGCAAUGGAUCGAGGUUCCUUGGCUCCCCGCCUGCUCUAUCCACAUCAUUCUUCGUACCUCUCAUGCCAUCUGCACGUGACUAAUGUUGGCUGGGAGCCAGCAAAUAGUGACGGACGUAAGGAGCGGACGGACGGAGAUAAGCUCCGCCUACACAUGUGUAGCUCGCGGGCGAUAGGUGUUUCUGUUGUAAUCGGUACCGAGCAUUACGCUGCCUUUACGGAGGGAGCGUGGCCGAAGGGAGACGUAUGCAGGAUAUACUACGUGUUUUCAUCAUGCUUUGUGGAUUGA